UCCUGGGAUAUAAUCUUCAGAUAUGUCUGUGAGCUACACAUCGACCAACAUGCUCCGGCGAGCCCUUGCCGGCGCCCGGUUGACCACCCCCUCUCCGAGGCUGGCGUCCGAACCGCCAGGCCCGCGGCAUUCAACGCAUCCCGCAGUGUCUCCAGCGCGGCGCGGCUCCCUACCCUCACAGCGUCCGAAACCCGCCGCCGGCCGGUGGUACGGCUGCACCAGCAGCCUGUGGCGCAGAGCCGGGUGAACGGGCUGUCUCCGUCCAGCAAGCGGACGAUCUUCAUACAGACGGAAAACACACCCAACCCGGAUGCCCUGAAGUUCAUCCCCAACUCCCGCGUCCUUCCCGAAGACUUCCCGACCACCUUCCUCGAAUACCUGUCCCCUCGCUCCACCCUCGCUCCGCCGCACCCCUCGCCUCUCGCCGCUAAACUCCUCGACGUCGAAGGCGUCACCUCCGUCUUCUACGGCCCCGACUUUAUCACCGUGAUCAAGUCCAGCGACGCGCAGUGGGCACACAUCAAGCCCGAGAUCUUCAGUCUGAUCACGCAGGCCGUGACCGCGGGCGAGACCAUUGUGACGACGGUGGAGGCGGAUGGCAGCGACAACGCGCAAGAGGGCGGCAUGAACGACUCGCUCGUUUAUGACGAGGAGGAUGACGAGGUUGUAAGCAUGAUCAAGGAGCUACUGGAGACCCGUAUCCGGCCUGCCAUCCAGGAGGAUGGCGGCGAUAUCGAGCUGCGCGGCUUUGAGAAUGGCAUCGUGUUGUUGAAGCUGCGGGGUGCGUGCCGGACCUGUGACUCCAGUACCGUGACUCUGAAGAAUGGCAUUGAGUCGAUGCUGAUGCACUACAUCGAGGAGGUCAAGGGCGUCGAGCAAGUCAUCGACCAGGAGGAGGCGAUCUCCAUGCACGAGUUUGCUCGGUUUGAGGAGAAGCUGCGCCAGCAGAAGGGUGCUGCCGCUACGGCUAGCAGCCCGCUGGACAGUGCGCCAUGA